AUGUCGACUUCAGAAGGACCCCUGUAUCUUGGUUUCGACCUCUCGACUCAACAACUCAAAGCGAUUGUCAUUACAUCCGAACUGAAAGUCCUGUAUGAAGCCAAGACGGACUUCGAUGCCGAUCUCUCAAAAUACGGCAUCAAGAAAGGUGUCCAUGUCAACGAAGCCGAGCGAGAAGUCUACGCGCCCGUAGCCAUGUGGCUCGAGGCCUUAGACCUAGUGCUGCAGCGUUUGAAGGAGAAAGAAACGCCUUUUCACAGGAUCAAAGGGAUUUCCGGUGCUGGCCAGCAGCACGGAAGCGUGUACUGGAGCAAGACUGGGGAGGGACUACUGGGGUCUCUGGAUCCGAAGGGCACGUUGGUGGAGCAGCUUGAGAAGGGGGCAUUUGUGCAUCCGUUCAGUCCGAAUUGGCAGGAUGGCAGUACGCAGAAGGAGUGUGAUUCAUUCGAUGCGGAGCUGGGCUCUGCGGAGAAGCUUGCGCAAGUCACGGGGAGCAAAGCUCAUCACCGCUUCACCGGUCCUCAAAUCAUGCGUAUGCACAAAAACCAUCCAGAGGUCUACCGAGCCACGUCUCGCAUCACUCUGGUGUCAUCUUUCUUGUCCUCCAUCUUCCUCGGCAAAAUCGCCCCUUUCGACAUCAGCGACGUCUGCGGCAUGAACCUCUGGGACAUCAACGCAGGCACCUGGAGUGAGCCCCUGCUCAAACUCGCAGCAGGUGAUGACGGCCUCGACUCUCUCAAGCAUAAGCUCGGCGACGUCCGCGAAGAUGGCGGCGGCAGCAUGGGCCCUAUCUCCUCUUACUUCGUGCAGCGGUACUCUUUCCCCCCUGACUGCGGCAUCGCCCCGUUCACAGGCGACAACCCUUCUACCAUCCUCGCUCUCCCAUUACGUCCUUUGGACGCCAUAGUCUCACUGGGAACAUCUACCACGUUCCUCAUGUCCACGCCGAAGUACGUGCCAGAUCCCGCGUACCACUUCUUCAACCACCCCACCACAGCCGGCCUGUACAUGUUCAUGCUCUGCUACAAGAACGGUGGACUCGCCCGCGAGAAGAUACGCGACGCCCUUCCCAAACCCACAGCCACAGCCACAGCCAUAUCCCCAGACCCCUGGGCCGCAUUCAACGAAGCCGCCCUCGCCACUCCUCCCCUAGGUCAGCCAUCCCCCUCCGACCCAGCAAAACUCGGCCUCUACUUCCCGCUGCCUGAGAUCGUGCCGAACGUGCGAGCAGGCACGUGGCGCUACACCUGCUCGAGCGACGGCUCGAACCUGCAAGAAGCAGAGCAGCCACCAUGGAGCAGCGCCGACGACACGCGCGCGAUCGUCGAGUCGCAGAUCCUGUCCCUUCGCCUGCGCUCCCAGAAUCUCGUCCUCCCUCCCGCGGAAGGCCUGCCCCCGCAGCCAGGACGCAUCUACCUGGUCGGCGGCGGCUCACUCAAUCCGGCCAUCGCCCGCAUCAUCGGAGACGUGCUGGGUGGUGCGGAAGGCGUGUGGAAGCUCGAUGUGGGCGGGAACGCGUGCGCGCUGGGCGGCGCGUACAAGGCCGUGUGGGCCAUUGAGCGGAAGGAGGGCGAGAGCUUUGAGGAGCUGAUUGGGGGGAGAUGGAGGGAGAGCGAGGCGGUGGAGAAGGUCGAUCUGGGCUAUAGAGAGGAGGUUUGGGGGCGGUAUAGGGAUGUGCUCGGGACGUUUGAGGAGAUGGAGGGAAGGGUGUUGGAGCGCGAGGAGAGGAAUAGGAGUUAG